AGAAGCGGACACUUCCUGAACUGUCAACAAUGUUACGAGUUGGACUCUGUGAGCCCGAGAGAGAUCUGGUUUCUUAGACAUGGUUUGUGUUACGAGGACUGAGACUACGUGGCUGUGACCUCAUCCGUCGCGUGUUCAGAAGGAACCCGUCCAUAAAGAUGCAGCCGUUUCUGCCGGAUAACAUCACUCCGGUGAAGCAGAAGACGCCCCGGAGACAGAGGUCCUUGAUCUGCUCCAUCAUCUUUGGACUGGUCCUCGUGAUCUGCGCAGUAGUCUCCUGGUGCUACUACUCCGUCUCCCUGAGGAAGGCCGACCGGUUAAAGACCGAGCUGCUGGAUUUGAGGAAGGAUGGAUUUACGAUCCGUAACCAGCAGGGAAAGGAGGUCUUCCGAUUGGCUUUCGAAUCUGGGGUUCUGGAUUUGGAGUCUUGUUCCAAGUAUGGGGAGAUCUUAUCCUGUACCAAGUCAGACAAAGGGAAGCUGAAUUUCUUCAUUCAGACAGUUAAUCCCAAAGACACGGUCAUGUGCUACCGGGUGCGAUGGGAGGAAUUCGUGGCGGACACGGUGGUGCAGCACACGAUGUAUUGGGACGACGCUCAUUGGUACGGCGGGGCAGAGAUGAGUACACAGCAUUGGCCCAUAAAGCUCUCUGGAUAUCAGGAGCCCAAGCCGUUUGUGACCAGUGACGUAUAUUCAUUUAGGGACAGCUUUGGUGGGAUUCUGGAGCGGUACUGGCUCUCAUCCAACGCAGCAGCCAUUAAAAUCAACGACUCCGUGCCUUUCCAUCUUGGGUGGAACAGCACGGAGAAGUCUCUUUUCUUUGGAGCCAGGUACAAGGACUCGUCGUACAAACCCCCACCGGGGCAGCAGCCCUUUCCGGAACUAAGCUACAGGGUGUGCGUGGGCUCGGACGUCACCUCCAUCCACAAGUACAUGGUGAGAAGGUAUUUUAACAAACCCACAAAGAUACCAUCAGAAAGUGCCUUCAGGUAUCCGAUCUGGUCCACGUGGGCGCUGUAUAAGACAGACAUUGACCAAGACAAGUUAAUGCGCUUCACGGAGAAGAUUAAAAAAUACCAGUUUAACUGCAGCCAUAUUGAGGUGGAUGACAUGUACUCCAAAUACUACGGGGACUUUGACUUUGAUCCAGUCAAGUUUCCAAACGCUACGGAAAUGUUCAAAAAGCUAAAGGAGGAAGGAUUCAAAAUAACCCUUUGGAUCCAUCCGUUUGUCAAUUACAACGCUUCCAAUUUUGGAGUGGGGAUUGAGAGGGGGCUGUUCGUUAAAGAGCCCAGCGGCCGGCUCCCUGCAAUGGUCCAGUGGUGGAACGGCAUAGGAGCCAUAGUGGACUUUACAAACCCUCAAGCAAGGGAUUGGUUUCAAAAUAAUCUUAAAAGGCUGAGGUCAAAGUAUGGAAUCUCUUCUUUUAAGUUUGACGCCGGAGAAACAAGUUAUCUCCCCAAGCAGUUCAGCACCUUUCGGCCCUUGUCGGACCCGAGCAUCUUUAGCCGGCGGUACACCGAAAUGGCCAUACCCUUCUAUGAGCGCGCCGAAGUGAGAGUUGGUUAUCAGUCUCAAAACAUCUCUUGCUUCUUCCGGAUCAUUGACCGGGACUCCGUUUGGGGGUAUGAGCUAGGACUGAAAUCUCUCAUACCUACCGUGCUCACCAUAAGCAUGCUGGGAUACCCGUUUAUAUUGCCUGACAUGAUUGGCGGCAAUGUUUACACCAAUAAUACGAACGUCUUUCAAAUUCCAGACCGGGAGCUCUACAUCCGAUGGCUGGAGUUGUCCGCGUUUAUGCCUUCUAUGCAGUUCUCUGUCCCGCCCUGGCUUUACGAUAAAGAGGUCAUUGAAAUUGCUCAGAAAUUCACCAAAAUCCACGAGUCUUUAGUGGCUCCGCUUUUACUGGAGCUGGCUGGUGAAGUUACCGAUACGGGCGAUCCCAUCAUCCGUCCCAUCUGGUGGAUCUCUCCCAACGAUGAGUUCGCCCAUAAAAUCGAUUCCCAGUUCUUGAUAGGAGAUACUUUAAUGGUGGCCCCCGUCCUGGAACCAGGCAAACAGGAACGGGAUGUCUACCUCCCGGCAGGCCGCUGGCGGAGUUACAAAGGCGAGGUGUUCCUGAAAACCCCUCUGCUGCUCACCGAUUAUCCAGUUGACUUGGAUGAGGUUGCCUAUUUCACUUGGCUGUCUUAGCCAAUGAUAAAGGGAGUGUGAGUGGCGGUGGAGUCUGACGCCGG